GUGGUACUAGAAGCUUGAUGCUCACUUGCCCCUCCCUGCCUGCGUGUCCUUCAUGUCCCACGGGUCUUCCUUGCCUAUCCGAUGAUAGCGGCUCUUCUUCAGAUAGUACUUCUGGGUCCGGAACCAACCCUGAAGAAGCCAACAAUGCAGGUAGACUGAGCAGCAACGGGUCUGGGGGCGUCUCUGGCUCCCGAGGCCUUCUCGGAUAUGGAGACAAUUCUGGAGUUACCUCGUUAUCGUCUUACGGUCCCGGUUCAGGUCCUUGUCCUGGUCAGGGUUACUUUUGCGACGACUGUAUCAAUGGAUGGUUCUGUCCACCGCCUCUCACUCCUGCGCUGCCGGCCCCCUGUGGGUACGGAUGGCCAUGCUAUCACUGCUCUAGCGGGUGGUUUUGUAUCCCGUUGCCAACUGCUGCUCCCGAGAGCGUUACUGUAAGCCUGUCCACAGUGGCCACUUUUGGAAAUGCCCCUGGUGCAGGUGCUGUCGUGGAAAUCACCAUUACUUCAACACAUUCCUUGACCGUGUUUGAGACUGCCGCUGCAGCCGAAACCAUACAUCCUGCCACAGCAGGCUGGCAAUAUGGGGGGUGCUACAAAGAUGAUUCGGCUCGAGCACUACAGAAUGAAUCGAUUACGGCAACGGUGGUUGGUGGCAUGACGACGGAGAUUUGCAUUACAUUUUGCAAAACCCUUGGGUACCGCUUGGCUGGUACGGAAGCCGGCUACAUGUGCUUCUGCGGAGACAAAGUAGUUGAUUCCUGGCGGAUUGCUGAGUCGGACUGCAGCAUUCCUUGUGAGGGAGAACCUGAGUUCAUAUGCGGCGGAAACCUCGCUCUGAGUAUUUGGAGUAUUACUGGCCACGUUCCUAAGGCUCCGGGGCCUGAGAUGAACUUCACAUUGCCAACGUUAAGUCCAGGUCAGACGGAAAUGGCAGACUUCACCGGAGCAGUUCGGCAAAGUCUUGUUCCAAUGACAAGCGCAGUGUGGGAGUGGCCAGCAGACGGGGAUGAUUUGAACGAAGAUGAUAUCAGCACUGAGGAAGAAGUCCCCACGGUUGCCAUCGUUACCGAUGUGGCCCUCAAGAACAUGCAGAUGAAACCCACAGCCAUUGACGUGGAAGACAUGGCAUCCAGUGUCCGCACUAUCGUUUUUGCUGCCAUGGAUAAGAUCCAAAGGAUGGCUGCUUCAGAAGUUGCAAAAGUAAAGUCCAUGAUUGAUGAAGCACACAUGGUCGUUGGCUAGCAGCUGAACGAUACGACCAACCACACACCCCCCGAAAGGGCCGUUCUGACGCCCUGCACCACGACGGUCACAGCUUGCAGCACAACGACCACGAGUUGCAUAACAAUCACACGAACCACAACAGAAGGGAUUUCCACUAGCAUGAGCAUAAGUGGCACGGUCCCGGUUGGGGACCAAUUUAGCUCUAGCAUGACGUCUUUGCCAUCGAUGCCAUCUGUAUCAAGUCCAGCAACCCAGCCGUCAGUUCCGACAGGGACAGCCAACGC